UCCACUCAUCAAUAUCUUUGUUGUUGUUGUGAGACUUUGUUGUGAGGUAAUACAAUGGCGAUGAUAGUGGAUGCUUUUGCAGGAAAGCUGGUGGAGAGACUGUCUAAGGUCAUUGAAGAGAAGGCCAUCAUGGUGUUAGGAGUCAAGGAUGAGCUCCAAAGACUCCGGCGGAGGAUGGAGAGGAUCGCACGUGUGCUCAAGGAUGCCGAGAAGAGGAAGAUCCAAGACGAGACUGUCAAAGGAUGGGUCAAUGAGCUGAAAGAUUUGAUGUAUGAUGCUGAUGAUAUCAUUGAUCUUUGCAUGAUACAGGGUACUGGGCUUUUGCAAGAUGUUGAUCAUCCUUCUCAGUUGGCUGAGUCAAGCACUACCACUGCCUCAACAAGGGUACGCUGCUGUCACUUUCCAUUACUCUCUUGUGUGCGCAGUGUUCCAUCUCGCUAUGAGAUUGCUGAUAAAAUUAAAAGUCUGAAUGAUAAGCUAGAAGAGAUAUCUGAGGACAAGGAUAGGUUUAAUUUCAUAACUUCUUCUAACUCAAGUGAUGCAUAUCCUAUGAAUGAAGCUUCUUAUCGGCAAAGUUCCUCCUUACCUGAACCUGAUAUCGUGGGUUGGGAUAUCAAAGAUGCUACUAAUAGUCUUGUUGAAUUAUUGGUCUCUCAGCCUGAAGAAAAAUGCCGUCUUUUUGCCAUUGUUGGCAUGGGGGGUAUAGGCAAAACAACACUAGCACAACAGAUAUAUAAUGAUCCAAAAAUAAAUGAUGCUUUUGUGUUACGUUCAUGGAUUUGGGUUUCAAAAUCUUUCCCAUCAAGGAUUGAUUUGCUAAAAGAAAUCAUAAGAAAUAUUGGGGGUAAAUAUGGAGAGUGCACAACAAUCUCAGAGUUACAAAAUAUACUUUGUGAUUUCCUGUGUGAAAAGAGCUUAUUUCUAAUUUUAGAUGAUGUUUGGGAUGAAAACAUAUGGGUUGAUUUAAUUAAAAAUGCAAUAGAAAGAACAACAACAAAAUGCAGGGUUUUGGUCACCACAAGAGAUAGAAACACUGCUGUAAAAGUGGGGGCAACACAUAUCCAUCAUGUUAACAAACUGCCUUCGGAUGUUGGUUGGGAAUUGCUAUGCAAAAAAGUUUUCACAAACAAUAAUACACAAGAUAUGCAGAGACUGAAGGAUAUCGGGAUGAAAAUUGUUGAAAAAUGUGACGGUCUUCCGGUUGCUAUAAAAGCCAUUGCCGGUGUUCUCGUAACAAAAGACCAAAAUAAAAGAGAAUGGGAGAAUGUGCUUAACAGCGAUGCUUGGACUAUUACAGGACUUCCAGAAGAGCUCCAAGGAGCACUAUACUUGAGUUAUGAAGCCUUACCUUCAGCUCUUAAACAUUGUUUCCUCUAUUGUGCUCUUUACCCCCUUGGUCGUAAAUUUCAUUCAAAAGAUCUUGUUUGUCAUUGGACCGCAGAAGGUUAUAUUGAAGCAAAGGGAAAUGCAUCAAUGGAGGAUGUUGCAAAAAGCUAUUACAUGGAAUUAAUUUGUAGGAGUUUCUUACAACCUGAUCCUGAGUAUGUGGAUAUGUCAAGUUGCACAAUUCAUGAUUUGUUGCGAGAACUAGCUGAGUUUUUUGCAGGUGAUGAAAGUUUUUCAGGCGAUCCACAAGAAGUACAAAGCACCGAAUCAAUGAAAAAACUACGCCGUUUGACAGUUACAAGUAAUAGGGAAAGUGUGAGCAUUCCACAUCUUGAUUGCCUGAGAAGCUUGCGGUUAUGGACUCCUCCAAGUUUGAACACACAAAUGAUUGGCAACUUAAAACAUUUGCGUUUAUUACUUCUCAAUGGAGACAAGAUUGAAAAUAUCCCUGAUAGUAUUGGGGGUUUAGUGCACUUGAGGCUUUUGAAUUUGGAGCAUACAUGCAUUCAUAACCUACCAGAUUCUCUGGGAAAUCUCAUUAAUUUGCAAUUCUUGUUGCUUGAUGAUUGCAAGUCUUUGCAUAUCCUUCCAAAAAGCAUAACUAAGCUAUACAAUUUGAGGUGGCUUGGGCUAAACGAUACACCUUUGAAUUAUGUACCAAAGGGCAUAGGCAAGUUGGAACACCUUCAUCGUGUGAAAGGAUUGAUCAUCGGAGACAGUGGUGAUGAUGGAGAGGAGGGAUGCAACUUAGAAGAGAUACAGAUGCUUGAAAAACUCAGUUACCUUUCUAUAAGAAACUUGGAGAAAUCAAGCAUCAAAAGUUCUUCAGUACUGUCAAGCAAGACUCAUCUCAGAUCACUAGGGCUUCGUUGCACAUUUAAUUACACUGAUGGGCAUAUCCAACAGCAAGAGAUGGACAAGAUUGUGCAAGUCUUUGAUGAGCUGCGUCCGCCGCCAUGCCUUGAAGUUCUACUGAUUAAAAACUUUUUUGGUGGUCGAUAUCCAAAGUGGAUGUCAUCCACUUCCAUUACUACUGCUCUUCAAGAGUUGACUUUAUUGGUCUUAAUUAAUUGCUCAAAUUGCCCUCAUCUUCCCCAGCUUGGCCAACUUCCACAGCUCAAGGUUUUGAAGAUAGUUGGAGCAAUUGCGGUGGUAUCAAUUGGCCUUGAAUUUCUCGGUAAUUAUAACGGAGAACCUACAGAAAUUGCCUUCCCUAAGCUUGAAACCCUCAUAUUAGAGAACAUGAGUAAUUGGGAGGAAUGGUCAUUGAUUAGUGGAGAAGAAGAAGACAACGAGCCUGAAUCUAGCAAGCCAUUAAUGUUCUUCCCCCAUCUCAAAAGCAUUUUCAUUGUUAAAUGCCCUAAGCUGAAAGCUCUUCCAAGUGGCUUAAAUCGGGUUAACAUACCAGAAUUGUUCAUUAGAGGAGCUCACAGUCUUUCAAGGGUCUCCCAUCUUUCUACCUUGAAAGAAUUGGAAGUCACUGAUUGCCCAAUGCUGGAGUGUGUGGAGAAGCUUGAGUCUCUGCAAAGCUUGAAGGUGAUUGAUUAUGAAGAGGGCAACGCUAGUCUCCCUCAGUGGCUCAUCUCUUUCCUCCAACAACGUGAAGAAAAGCCUCGUGAGGAUGAUCUAUUCAAGUUGUAUUUGGAGUGCAGUGUCCAAGCACUAAAGGGAUGUUUGAAAGGGUGUCCACAUUGGUCGUUCAUCCAGCGAGUACCACACUUCAUAGGCUAUGCAGAGGACCAAAGCAUGUAUUUGAAGUACACCAAAGAACCAUAUUACUAUGAAACCAACAUCACUGAUGAGGAUUAGGAGGAUGAAUCCUUUAUUUGAAUUAGAUUACCACUGAAAAAUGACAUCCGAACACCAAUUACUGGCAAAUCAAUAUUUGACUUGAUCAUGACUCAAGUGUAUGAUAAUAAUUUGAUGGUUUCAAGUUAUACAGAGAGGCCUGACAUUCUCUUGUGGGGGGUGGAUUCUUUCUGUCUUCGUGUUUUCUUUAAUUUUCAAUGUGAGUUGAGCUUGAAUCCACAUCUCCUUGACUGUGAAUUGUGAUAUGCAUGGUUCUGGUUCUGUUACUACUUUGAUGCUGCUCUCUGGAGGGGGAGUGUUCUUGUUUCUUUAGUAUAAGGGUGGAUUUCAUUAUAUGAUCUGCAAUUAUGCAUACUUACAAGGAAUUCUGCGAUUUAUCAAUUCCUCAACUACAAUUCAAUCUGAUGAGGAGGAUUUGUAGGAGAAUUUUAUGUCUGAUUGGUGGCUUAAUUCUGCAGAUAAGAGAGCUAGAAUGAAAUUUGCUUCAACUUGGUCACAGUGCCCAAGUACUCUAUUAGUGUUUGCAAGCCUCUGCAAAGGACAGAAGCAUGUAUUUAAAGUACACCAAGUGAACAUUAUUUUAUCAAACCAAUCUUGAUGAAAAUAUAUCAAUUGCUGCUUCAGAUAAAGAGGAGAAUGAAAUAGCUGCCAUGUGGAAUGGUGGAUAACCAUAUUUUUAUGGCAAAUAUGUGAGACUUUAUUAGGACUCAACUGCAUGACAUGCGGUUUCAGAGUACAAAUUACUUGGGUUCUUCUGAGUUGAGUCAGUUAUAUGCAUGCGGAUAUUUAGAUCUAGGAUGUGCGAUAGAACUUCAGAAAACACUAUGGAGCAUGGCUUGUGUGUAUGCUAUUCUAUUUGAUCAGCAAUCAUUAAUUGCGAUUUUUUGUUCAUAUGUUCUGAAAAUAUAUAAAUCAUCUGCUAAUCAUAAUAAAACUUCUAUUGGAUAUUGAACAGAAUACUAGUGGUGGAUAUUUAUUAUGCUUGGAAGGGCUCAAGUGAUCCCUUGACUACAAUUCAAUAUGAUGAAGUUAGUUUCGACAUGUAUAACAACUCGAGCAAUGGCUGAUAAACAUGAUUUUUAUGGCAAAUUGUGACUUGGGGACUCAACUGCAUGAUGGUUUGAGCUUACAAAUCACUUGGUUUCAACUUUCAACUUGAUGUGAUGGUUUUUAAAUUUUGUAUGAGUGGAAGUGAAAUUUUCCUUAUUUUUGGAGUUGAAUUGAUUUCCUUAAUUUGCUUAUUUUUCUCCACAGUUAAUGUCAUGAGUUUUUCUUUUGCAAAAGAGUUAAUAUUCCAAUCAAGUCUUUGAUGAAGCUUUGGGUGGGAGUACUGUGUUUUUUCAUUAACUGCAUAGGAGGACUGAAGCUUGAAUUUCAAUUAGAGCACCAAAGGAAUGAGACGUGGACAAGCAUGACUUGUUAUUGUGGGAAGGGCUAGGACUUGGCGGAGGUGACGGUGUUGGAAAUUGGCACACAGGAACAAUGAUAAUAAAAAGGUUCUUCUUGGACUUGGAGGUGGUCACUAUGGAUAUUAAUUAUUCUGAGUUUUAAAAGUUGGCAAAAGAGUGCCAUCACAAGUUUUUUAGCAGAGCAAAAUAUACAAGUCGGGGGGAAGCCUUCCGACUUCUUUUAACAUGAGCACGUUCCUUCGAAUUACUAUAGCUUCUGCUAUUAUUUUCAUUCAUGAAUUAAGAUAUAUGUUCAAUUGUACGGUCAUUUUACACCGAUAGUAAAUGUAUUCUGGAAGUAUUUUGACAAGCAUUUGGUUGAAUUUUUUGAAGAAGAAAAGGUGAAGAAAUUGAAGCUCUGUUAUAGCCAAAGGAUUGGGGGAUUGCUAUGGCAGGAACUUUCUGUGAAUUGUGACAUGGAAACACUUGUAAGAAGAUUAAUGCACUAAAUAAACACAAAAGCAUCAUUACUAUUAAA